AUGCCAACUCCGAGAAGAGCUUCGAAGCGUCAAACAGAGAAAAUCGACACCGAUGAAAUCAUCCGAGGUUUGGUGCUCCGAGGUGAUCCGAUAAUUGCGCAGAAUCUGGGAUUUCUGAAGAAUCUCAGCAGCAAAGAAAUCGAUGAUCCAAUGGCAUCUGUAAUGGAUUCUCUGAAGGAGGGAUUGACUGAAGAAGAUCUUAAAUUGAAUCGAAAUCUUGAAAACCUUAUCAAUCCAAAGGUCGAAGUUCAUAUGACAGAUGAAGAAAUCAUGAACUUCUUGUUGAGUUCUCGAUAUUCUGGAAAGGCUUGCGCUCAAAUUAUGGAUAGAAAUCAGUGGGAUGAGAACGAUCGUAUGCUCAAAGAGAAAGAAGCGAAGAAAAAAGAAAAAGAGGAAAAGAUUGAAGUGGAGAAGAAGAAAAAUGAUGAGAAAAAGGACGACAGAAAGCGCCCAGCCGAUGACGUACCAAACCAGGGAGCGUCCACGUCUGCUUCGAUUAGCUCUCCACCUGCUCCAUUUGGCCUCGUCAAGCCGUACAAAAUACCGAGAAAAUCAAAGUGA